GGUUCGAAGUAAACCGAAAACACUUUCUUUACCUCCUGGGAUCAGCCGAUGUUUAGAGGAAUCUCCUUCUAAAUUCCCAAACAAUAACAAAGCUCAGCUAACAAUCACCCAAUCUUCAAGAUGACAACAAUGUUUGAUUACCUUAAGGAGGAUGGUAGGGAAGUCCUUAGCCUACGUGUGGGAGCACCAAGUGAACAUCUGAGAAUCAAAUGUGGUGAGCUUAUCCAUAAAGCAACUCUAGCUCUUCAUACUCCAGAAAAUUAUCCUCAGCUGUUUCAGUAUGGGCCACAUAGUGGUAGCUUAGUAGCCAAGAGUGAACUUGCCAAAUUUCUCACGGAGGAGUAUGGUGACACUGUCAACUGUGAUGACAUCUGGUUCACUGCUGGAGCUGCACAAGGCCUUGCCUGUAUAGGAAGCCUCCUCUUUCAGCCUAAAACUGUAGCUUUUGUUGAAGAACCAACUUAUUUUCUUGCUCUCAAAGCAUUACAAGAUGACUUUGGAAUGAAUGUGGUUGGAGUUCCAGUAGAUCAAGAUGGUUUGAUUGUUGAUGAGUUGGAGAAAUUAAUGAUAGAACAUUUGCAGACAUCACAAGUUAUAACAGAGAGAAACCCAUUCUCUGGUCUGUUGUUUUGCAUUCCAACUUUUAACAAUCCAACUGGUUCUGUGCUCUCAGCUACAAGAUGUAAGCAGUUGAUCAAACUGCUACGGAAGUACAAUGUGCUUGCUUUCUGUGAUGAUGUAUACAACUUGCUGUCUUAUGCUGUAGAGAAUCCUCCUUUUAAAGUUCCCCCAAGGCUUUUUUCAUUUGAUAACAAGGCUGAUCCUGAUUACAAAGGAAAUGUGAUCUCAAAUGGAACUUUUUCCAAACUGUUAGGGCCAGGGUUGCGUCUAGGCUGGAUGGAGGUGCCCGAAUGUAUAAGGAGGAUUUUGAAGACUUCUGGCUAUGUUAGGAGUGGGGGUUGCUUCAACCACUACACCUCUUGUGUUGUUACCACAGCAAUACAAAUGGGUUUGGUAAAGGAGCAUUUAGCAUAUGCGCGAGGGCUUUAUAAGUCCCAAUUGAAUACACUAUGCAGUGCUAUGGAUAAGUAUUUUCCAUGUCCAGUUAUGUACACAAAACCUCAGGGAGGUUAUUUUGUUUGGGUUAUCCUUCCCACUGAGUUUGAUUGUGAUAAACUUUAUGACAUCUGUUUCAAUGAGUAUUCUGUUGAUUUUAACAAGGGCUCAGGGUUUUCUUGUAAAGGACAGUACAAAAAUUGUAUGAGACUCUCAUUUGCCUUUCUUGACAGUCCUACCCUUGAACACUGUGUGAAGCAAAUAGCUUUAGCAAUUGAAGAAAAUUUCCCAAGAAACUAAUAAUCAUGGAGGUAAAUACAUCUCAAAGAAGGGGAAUAUGAUUUUUGAAUUGGUUACUGUGCUAUUUGAACCAAGGGUAGCAGUUAUUGAGCUGAGGUAGAAGUUAUUUUUCAAUGAUUAAUACUGAAGGUUUUGAAAUCCUUUUUAAAAUGGACAGUGAUAAAAUUUACACAGGAUUUACUGAAAGAAAUGAAUCCUGAAAGAGGAAAAAUCAUGAUUAUUCUCAGGGCUUUUAAAUAAUUAGACAGUCAGUCUAUACUUAUGAGUGUAAUUGAGCUAACCGCCUCCUGGUUAGCUCAAUUGGUAGAGCGGGAGGUUGUGAGUUCAAAUCUGGCCAGACCAACACUCAGGGUCUUUAAAUAACUGAGAAGAAAGUGCUGCCUUUGUAAUAAUAUCUGCAGUUAUACUUUCAAUAGUUAUACUUUCAAGUCUUCUCGGAUAGGGACGAUAAAUGGAGGUCCCGUCUCACAAGCCCUUGUAGGUGAUAAAAA